UAUUUUAAAUAGUAAAUAGAAACAACGUCCCAUGCAAGUGGAUGAGGUCUUUCUAAUCACUUGCCAGCAUAAGGAUGGAAGUUGGGUCGAUUCACGCUCCACAGAAACAUAUAAAAUAAAGGAGAUUGCUGAAACUGAAGAUGGUUCUAUAAGUGGCACACGUAAUAUCAGCAGCAGUAAAAAAUUAACGGUUUGGCAAGAGACGGUUGGAGGAAAGUGCAAAGGAAAAGUGUAUGGGACGGCUCAAUUGUUCGUAUUACUCUAGUAUGGGUCAUGAAAUUAAAGUAUUAGUGAUUUUUAUGAAUUUUGUGACGAAUGACAUUAAAGUGUUUAUUAUGUUUAUGUUGUAUAUUUUAAAAUAUGUUUAAACUCCCAUCCCUUUCAAUAUGAAUGUUUUUGUUUAUAGGAAAUUUUUUAUUAAAUAAAUUGUGUGGGU